AUGCACAACUCGAAAUCCCACCCAUUCGAUCCCUUGACCCCAGUGGAGAUCACUCAGGCCGCAAAAAUCGUGCAAGAUGGAUUGCCUGGAGAAUUGCCCAACUUUCGCGUCAUCACACUCCUGGAGCCACCGAAAAGUGAAAUGCUUCAAUUCCUAGAGCAGGAGCAUGAUGGCAAAUCACACGUGUCACGACCUACCCGAAAGGCCCGGGUCCAGGUCAUCAUCCGGACCCAAUCGGACUCAAACGAGAUGGUCGAGUUGAUUGUCAAUCUUGAUCAAGGUGUGGUCUGUAGAAAGGACCAUCUACCAGGGAAGCACCCGUACAUAGAUUCUGCUUAUAUGCAGGCAGUUGAAAGUGCCUGCAGAGCUGAUCCGAGAAUCGAAGCUGAGAUCCAGAAACUCAAGUUACCAGAAGGCAGCACUGUUGUUAUUGAACCGUGGGCAUAUGCCACUGAUGGAAUGAGCGAUAUGACCGAGCGCACGUCGAUGUGUUGGUUCUAUAUGCGUCUUUCCGACAAUCCAGACGCCAACUACUACGCGUAUCCUCUAGAUCUAUGUGCAGAGGUAUCGGAGCAACUGCAAGUCACCAAGAUCUACCACUUGCCCUCAUCGGAAGAUGACCGUGUUUCCGAAGACGCACGGCCUUAUGACCACAAUAAGGUCCAUUCGGCCGAUUUGAGCGAAUACCACCCUAGUCUUCGACCGCCACCACGCACUUCUACGAAGCCGUAUCACGUCGUUCAACCACAAGGGCCAUCUUUCAAAACCGAUGGCAAUCUUGUGUCGUGGGAGAAGUGGACAAUGCGCGUGGGGUUUAACUAUCGCGAGGGACUUACUCUUCACGAUAUUCGUUACGACAAUCGCAGUUUGUUUUACCGGAUGUCGCUAUCAGAGAUGUUCGUGCCUUAUGGCGAUCCUCGGUCUCCAUUUCCCCGCAAAGGAGCUUUCGAUCUCGGGAACGACGGCGCCGGCAUCAACGCAAAUAAUCUUCGUCUCGGCUGCGAUUGUCUUGGUGUGAUUAAGUACUUUGAUGGUUGGCACAACACCAUGACCGGCGAGCCAGUGAAGCUUCCCAAUGUGGUUUGCUGCCAUGAACAGGAUGAUGGUAUUCUUUGGAAACACACCAACUUCCGGACUCAAAGUGCGGUCGUUACUCGCUCCCGGAUUCUGGUCCUGCAGACUAUAAUUACCGUCAGCAACUAUGAGUACAUUUUUGCGUUCCACUUCGGUCAGGAUGCAUCUAUCCACUAUGAAGUGCGGGCUACGGGGAUAUUAUCUACCUGCCCCAUAAAUAUAGGCGAUAGCGUCGGAUAUGGUACCGUCGUUGCCCCUGGUGUUCUAGCACCCUACCAUCAACACCUCUUUUCUCUUAGAAUUGAUCCUUCCAUCGAUGGAAUGCUAAACUCUCUACAAGUCGAAGAGUCACACGCACUACCCAUCGAUAACCCCACAAUACACAAUCCUUUCGGAGUUGGCUACACAACAAGUUCCGAAAUUAUCGCCGAAGAACGCGGACUAGAUCUCGACUUCUCCAAGAAUCGAACGUUCAAGAUCAUUAACGAAAAUGCUGCUAACCCUAUUACUGGUACGCCGGUAGGAUUCAAGCUUCUUCCGUGUUACAGCCAGAUGCUCCUCGCCCAUCCACAAUCCUACCAUGCCAAACGGUCUGAGUUUGGCAGCCAUGCAGUUUGGGUGACUCGAUACAAGGAUGAUGAGCUUUUCCCUUCUGGGCGACACACUAUGCAGUCACCUGGCGGAGAAGGAAUUAGUUCAGUUAUUCAGCAGCGGAAGGAAGACCCCGAUUGUAAGACAAGUGUCCGAAAUGAGGAUAUAGUCAUCUGGCACACCUUUGGAUCGACACAUAAUCCCCGCAUUGAGGAUUGGCCAGUUAUGCCAUCGGAGAAGAUGGUUGUUGGGUUGAAGCCGGUAAAUUUCUUUACGGGGAAUCCGAGCUUGGAUGUUGCUGUUUCUACUCAGGAGAGGAACAGAAGUGUUUUGGUUUGA